CUGAGUGUGUGUGUGUGUGUGCGUGUGUGUGCAGCAUAUGCUCUGUUGUGCUUCUUCUUCUUCUUCUUCUUCUUGUUCUAAGUGAAUGAAGAGCUGCUUUCAGAUUUGGAGAACUGGUUGACGUCAUCAUGGAUGGUACCGUGACCCCCGGCCCUCCUGUCAGCACGCUAACCGAAAUCACGACUUCUUUUCCCAAAGACCCGACCGUGGUAACCAUCGGCCUAAACACAGCUGACGAUGGAGAGUUUGCAGCUUUAAUUGGAGGUGUCAUCUUUGCGGUGCUGCUGCUGCUGAUCUGCAUGGCCGCCGUGCUGCUGUGGUGUCUGUCCAGACACAAAGGCUCGUACGCCACCAACGAGAUGGAUGAAGACGAGGAUUUCGAUGAGGACGAGGAUGAGGAGUCUGUCGAUUCUGAUACGGCGCUCCAAAUCAAAGAACCUCUGAAGACCAAAGAAGAAGAAUAGAGACAUGAGGACACUGGUCAAAUAUGGACUUAAAGAAGCUUUCAAUCUUUUAUUUUUUUAAGCAGUUUCCUCAAGCUGCACGAAGCAACUUUGCACAUUGCUGCAGCCGAACAGCAGCAAGACAAACCUUUUGAUGUUGAGUUUUUAAUUCAGUAGCAGUUAGAUGGAACAUGACUACAUCAGAUCUUCACAUUUUCUGGCUUUACACAUUUAAAUGUCAGUUUUCAUUUUGAGGAAAAUGUGAACAUUUGUCAGAAAAAAUACACAAUUAGAUUAAAUAAAACACGCAAAAACACAAAGGAUGAAAGAAAAAAAAGCACUUACAUAAUUGUUUCCAACAUUUAUAAUUUUUACUGUCUUGUUAUAUCUCUGUGAAAACUUUGGUUUUAUAAACAAUCUCUUCUUGUGUAGCUUUUACAAACAAUUUUUAAGAAUAAAGUUUACACUUUUUUAAAGACA